ACACUGCACCUUUUCCAACACUGCACCAAACCAAACAAAAAUAAAGCGGUGCUUUUUAGUUAAAUUACUAAAUUAAAUUUAAGUUAAAAGUUCGCAAUCACAAUGGCCAGCGGAUCCAGGACAACGAUAUUGCCGCAAUCGAAGGAGGCCCUGUUGAAAUCCUACAAUGCGCGCCUGAAGGACGACGUACGCAGCAUGCUGGAGAACUUUGAGGAAAUCCUGAAGCUGGCGCGUCGCGAGAGCCACAGUCAGAUCUCCAAGACGACGCAAUGCGAACAGGAUGCGCUGGAAAUGCAGGUGCGAGCGGCCAAUAUGGUUCGCGCUGGCGAAUCCCUGAUGAAGCUGGUGGCCGACCUCAAGCAGUACCUCAUCCUCAACGAUUUCCACUCGGUAAACGAGGCCAUCACGAACAAUUCGCAGCUAUUUCGCAAUACCCAGAGCGAAUGCGACAAGAAGCUGAUGAAGCUGCGCGACGAGAUGGCCAUGGAUCUGUACGAUCUGGAGGAGGAGUAUUACACGAGCAUAUUUAAGUAGCCCUAAGUUUGUAUUUGAAUGUCCCUGAAAGAUACAGCAAUGAACGUAACGUAAUAACUAGUAA